GGCUUCAGUCUUUCAAAAGUGAAGACAAGAUGAAGACCCACUUGCUUCUCUGGGGAGUCCUGGCCAUUUUUGUUAAGGCUGUCAUUGUAACAGGUGACAAUAAAGGGACCAUUCUUGCCGACAACAAAUGCAUGUGUACCCGAAUUACUUCCAGGAUCAUCCCUUCCCCCGAGGAUCCUAAUGAGGACAUUGUGGAGAGGAGUAUCCGAAUUGUUGUCCCUUUGAACAACAGGGAGAAUAUCUCCGAUCCCACCUCCCCAGUGAGAACGAACUUUGUGUACCAUUUGUCAGACGUCUGUAAGAAAUGCGAUCCUGUGGAAGUGGAGCUGGAAGAUCAGGUCGUUACUGCCACCCAGAGCAAUAUCUGCAGUGGAGACAGCGGUGUUCCUGAGACCUGCUACAUGUAUGACAGAAACAAGUGCUAUACAGCUAUGGUCCCACUUAGGUAUCAUGGUGAGACCAAAAUGGUGCAAACGGCCCUGACCCCUGAUUCUUGCUACCCUGACUAGUUUGAGUCACUCGCCGUGCAGCGCUGUCUUCAGAGGCUCUCCAUUGCACCCAGAAGUUAUACUCACUGCUAGUGAAUUUGAAACGAGUGCUUUAUUUUCUUGUGGUACAAAACUAAUGUUCCCUUUCAACAGUUAGAAUAUCAGCAUUGCUGUCAUUAUUAUUAUUAGUAAAUCCUCAUGCCUGGCCAAGGAGGUGUGUUUAAGAGUUCAUUUUCUGGUGUUAAAAAUUGUAAGCAAGGGGAGAAAGUAAAAUUCCAAGGGUAAAAAUCAAAAGGCAUAAUUCAAUUCAAUCCCCUUCCUUCCUCCCUCCCUCCCUUCCUCCCUCCCUCCCUCCCUCCCUCCCUCCCUCCCUCCCUUCCUUCCUUCCUUCCUUCCUUCCUUCCUUCCUUCCUUCCUUCCUUCGCUGUGGAGAGCUGGAGCUUCUGCACUCUAUCCUAGUCUUUCUCACUGUGCAGAGAAAACAUCACAUAAACAUAGGGCAGGUUAUAUCUUCAUGAGAAGUUAUAAGGGUUGUGGUUUGGAACUAUCUACUAAUGUUUAUGAAAGUCAUAUAAUUUGAUGCACAAAUGAAAAAAUGAAUGUUGAUAGAAUACAUAGACUUGACAUUAGAUUUUCUUUAAAAUUUUUUGACAGUGAGAUUAUUGUCUGAAAUUCUUAGGGGACUCUUUGGCAUCUCAGCUGAAUCUAAUGAAAUCUGUAUUGCAAAAUAUGUAUUCUCUAGUACAGUUUGAACAAUUAAAUAGAUCGAUAAGCAUAUACCUGUGUGAAUGAUUCUUUGGAAAAAAUUUGCUUGUGUUUAACCUUCUUGUAUGUAAAUUAAAUAUAUUAUUAUUGGCAAACGGUUUCUAAGUAUGAUGCAAUGGUGCACUUGUCACUUAGCUUAUACGAGCACAUAUUUGAGAAAUCUUUGUUAUUUCACAGGUAAAAUUAAGUCCAAAGGCAGAGUCCAUGGCACAUAGCACCUUUUGGAAGCAGGAGGUGUACUCUGUGGUAGGGAGCUUGCUUAUCAUGCUUAAGACCUUGAUGUCCACCACUGUGAACAGAAGGGAGCAAAACAAAGCAUAGCAAAACAAAACAAACAACCACAAAACUUUUACAACUUCAUCCCAGUAGAAUCUCACUUUAAUGGUAGGCUUAUUUCAAAGGAAUAACUCGUCACAUACAAAGAAACAUUAUGGUAGGACACCAUGGUCAAUUGAUGCAUUUAUCUAAGGGCACUACAGAAAGUAACUGCUGAUUCAGAGGCUCAUGUGAAGAUACUUCUGAGCUGGGAACAGGGGUUCAGUGUCCAGGUCUGAGCUGUAUGCCAGCAGUGCAUAUGAGGUCUAGGAGGCAACGCUAAUGGCCCAAUUGAAAUUUAUAUUCUUACAAGGCUGAACUAAUAUCAGGCAAGGUAAUUAAAUUUAAGAUCAUUUCUUCUUUUAAAAUGAGAUUACAAAUAACUAUUUCCUAGAUUUUAUAAGAAUGACGAUACAUCC